GUGACAAUUUAACCAGCCUACAUUUGAAGUCAACAAUUUACAGUUAUCUAUAUUCAGUGCCCCUUUAAACAUUGAAUGAUCCAGUGUUGGAGCUCUUUAAUCACCAGGGGCUCAGGCAAAGUGGGAAGGAAGCUUACAACGCUGAAACAUAUUUUCAGGGGCAACCCAACCUCAGGGAGGAGAACGAAUACUCAAUGUAUAUGUAAUUUAGAACACCAAGCCCGGGUACCAUCGUUUCGGACGUUCGCAGGAAGAUCCAAAUCUUUGGAACUUUCGAGGAAAAUACCAAUUUCAGGAUUUCGGAUCAUCAAAGCAGAACUCACACGCCUGGGGUUGCUGACAUAUUAGAGCUUCAGUUGAGAGUUUGACAUUAGAAGAGUUUGGUUCUGAAAUUUUAUAGGCAGCCGUGGAGUAUCCCUUUUAUCUUUGAGAGGGUGGGUUGACAAUGUUUCUUUAUAAUUUAACGCUGCAGCAAGCCACAGGUGUGGUUUGUGCAACCUAUGGCAACUUUAUGGGUGGAAAAACUCAGGAAAUUGUGGUAGCCAGAGGAAAAGUGCUGGACUUGUUACGGCCGGAUGAUAAUGGGAAACUCCAGACAAUUCUUUCUGUUGAAAUCUUCGGUGCUGUUCGGUCUCUGGUGCAAUUCAGGCUUACAGGUUCACACAAGGAUUACAUUGUUGUUGGGUCUGACUCUGGAAGGAUUGUGAUACUUGAAUAUAACAAAGAAAAGAAUAUUUUUGAGAAGGUUCACCAAGAGACCUUUGGCAAGUCAGGAUGCAGGAGGAUAGUCCCUGGUCAGUACUUAGCGGUGGAUCCAAAGGGUCGAGCUGUUAUGAUCGGUGCCUGUGAAAAACAAAAACUUGUAUAUGUCCUGAACCGGGAUAAUGCUGCCAGGCUUACCAUUUCAUCACCUUUAGAAGCUCACAAAUCUCACACGAUAGUGUACUCUAUAUCUGGUGUUGAUUGUGGUUUUGACAACCCUGUUUUUGCUGCCAUUGAGCUUGAUUAUUCUGAAGCUGACCAGGAUUCUACUGGACUUGCAGCAAAUGAGGCACAGAAGCAUUUGACCUUUUAUGAGCUUGAUCUUGGUCUCAACCACGUUGCCCGCAAAUGGUCGGAGCCCAUUGAUAACGGUGCAAAUAUGCUUGUCACUGUACCUGGUGGUGCGGAUGGUCCUAGUGGGAUUCUUGUUUGUGCUGAGAAUUUUGUUAUCUACAAGAACCAGGGGCACCCAGAUGUUCGUGCAGUUAUUCCAAGGAGAGCAGAUUUACCAGCUGAACGUGGUGUGUUGAUAGUAUCAGCUGCGACCCACAAACAAAAGUCAAUGUUCUUCUUCUUGCUGCAGACUGAGUAUGGAGACAUCUUCAAGGUUACUCUAGAACAUGAUAAUGAUCAGGUCAGUGAAUUGAAGAUAAAAUAUUUCGAUACAAUUCCUGUAACUGCAGCAAUGUGUGUUCUUAAGUCGGGUUUUCUCUUCGCUGCCUCAGAAUUUGGAAAUCAUGCCCUCUAUCAGUUCCAGGGAAUAGGGGACGAUGCAGAUGUUGAGUCAUCUUCUGCAUCACUCAUGGAAACAGAAGAGGGAUUCCAGCCUGUCUUUUUUCAGCCUAGGGGUUUGAAGAACCUUGUUAAGAUUGAUGACAUAGAGAGCCUCAUGCCAAUAAUGGACACAAAAGUUGUUAAUCUCUUUGAGGAAGAAACCCCACAAAUUUUUGCCCUUUGUGGGAGGGGUCCCCGCUCCUCUUUACGAAUAUUAAGACCCGGUCUUGCUGUUACUGAAAUGGCUGUGUCACAGUUACCAGGUAUUCCCAGUGCAGUUUGGACAGUUAAAAAGAGUGUAAAUGACGAGUUUGAUGCAUACAUUGUUGUUUCCUUUGCCAAUGCCACUCUGGUGCUGUCUAUUGGUGAAACAGUCGAGGAAGUUAGUGACAGUGGAUUUCUUGAUACUACUCCUUCAUUGGCUGUAUCUCUUCUAGCAGAGGAUUCCUUAAUGCAGGUGCAUCCUAAUGGAAUUCGGCACAUUAGGGCAGAUUCACGUAUAAAUGAAUGGAAGACCCCUGGGAAAAAGACAAUAGUAAAAGUGGGCUGUAACAGAUUGCAAGUGGUAAUUGCUCUCAGUGGGGGAGAACUUAUUUAUUUUGAAAUGGAUAUGACAGGGCAACUGAUGGAGGUGGAGAAGCGUGAAAUGUCAGGAGAUGUGGCUUGUUUAGAUAUUGCUCCAGUUCCUGAAGGCAGACAGAGGUCAAGAUUUUUGGCGGUAGGAUCAUAUGACAGCACUAUUCGCAUAUUAUCUUUAGAUCCUGACGACUGUAUGCAGAUUUUGAGUGUGCAGGCUGUAAGUUCUCCACCAGAAUCUCUACUCUUGCUGGAAGUUCAAGCAUCUAUUGGUGGUGAGGAUGGUGCUGAUCAUCCAGCUAGUGUGUUUCUGAAUGCUGGUUUACAGAAUGGUGUUCUUCUUAGAACCGAGGUGGAUAUGGUCACUGGGCAACUCUCAGACACACGUACAAGAUUCUUGGGUUUGAGAGCCCCAAAACUUUUUUCUGCUCUUGUCAGGGGUCGCCGGGCAAUGCUUUGUCUUUCAAGCAGGCCUUGGUUAGGUUAUAUUCAUCAAGGACACUUUCUUUUAACUCCUCUUUCUUAUGAAACUUUGGAAUAUGCGGCUUCUUUUUCGUCUGAUCAGUGUGCUGAAGGUGUGGUAGCAGUUGCUGGAGAUGCAUUGAGAGUUUUCACGAUUGAAAGGUUGGGAGAAACUUUCAAUGAGACUGUUAUGCCCCUGAGAUAUACACCAAGAAAGUUCAUUUUACAUCCUAAGCAUAAAUCUUUAAUUAUUAUUGAAAGUGACCAGGGGGCAUUUACUGCAGAGGAACGUGAAGCUGCCAAAAAGGAAUGCCUUGAAGCUGCUGGAUUAGGGGAGAAUGGGAACAUGGAGAUUGAGCAGCAGAAUGGGGAUGAGGAAGAGAAGGAAGAUCCUCUACCUGAUGAGCAGUAUGGUUAUCCAAAAGCAGAGUCAAAGAAAUGGGCAUCUUGCAUCAGGGUUUUGGAUCCUAAAUCUGGUGAAACAACAUGCAUCUUGGCCCUGCAGGAUAAUGAAGCUGCAUUUAGCAUUUGUUCUGUCAACUUCCAUGACAAAGAACAUGGAACUCUUGUUGCCAUUGGAACUGCAAAAGAUUUAGAAUUUUGGCCCAAAAAGAAUUGUUCAGGUGGAUUUAUUCAUCUCUACAAAUUUGUGGAUGAUGGGAAAUCACUUGAACUUCUGCAUAAAACACCAGUUGAUGGAGUACCAUUGGCAUUAUGUCAAUUCCAAGGCCGUCUAUUGGUUGGAAUUGGGCAGGUACUGAGAAUUUAUGAUUUGGGUAAAAGGAAAUUACUUCGGAAAUGUGAGAAUAAGCUUUUUCCUAAUACUAUUGUAUCCAUUCACACAUAUGGGGAUCGGAUUUAUGUUGGUGACAUUCAAGAGUCAUUUCAUUACACAAAGUAUCGGCGAGAUGAGAAUCAGCUUUACAUAUUUGCAGAUGAUUGUGUUCCGCGUUGGUUAACAUCUUCUUUGCACAUAGACUUCGAUACAAUGGCAGGUGCAGAUAAGUUUGGAAAUGUUUACCUUGUUCGUUUGCCACAAGAUGUAUCAGAAGAGAUUGAAGAUGAUCCAACUGGUGGAAAAAUCAAGUGGGAACAGGGUAAGCUGAAUGGAGCACCAAACAAAGUAGAAGAAAUAAUUCAAUUUCAUGUUGGUGAUGUGGUGACAAGUUUACAGAAAGCAUCUCUUAUACCUGGAGGAGGUGAAUGUCUAAUCUAUGGCACUGUGAUGGGAAGCAUUGGGGCUCUUCUGCCAUUCAUCUCAAGAGAAGAUGUUGAUUUCUUCUCCCACUUAGAGAUGCACUUGAGGCAGGAACAUCCUCCUUUGUGUGGUCGAGAUCAUAUGGCAUAUAGAUCAGCUUACUUUCCUGUAAAGGAUGUUAUUGAUGGCGAUCUUUGUGAGCAGUUUCCCACUCUACCUCCUGAUUUGCAGCGCAAAAUUGCAGAUGAGCUUGAUCGAACACCUGGAGAAAUAUUGAAGAAAUUAGAAGAUAUAAGAAAUAAGAUAAUCUAAUUUUAUGUGGCCUAACUUUAACUAAUGGAGAGUUGAGCAGCAGAAAAUCUGUUCAAUUAGCCGUCGACAUUGUAAAUUAUAUCUAGGGAAAUGAGGUUUGUUGGUAUCACACCUUAUGUUCUGAAGAUUCCAAUUUUAGUGGUUCAAUUCUCUUCCCAUGUGAUAACAUAUUAUAAGUAGCACAGUUAUUUUAUUUGCAGCUUUCCUUUCUUUUAGUAGCAGGUUUGAGCGGUGGGAAAAGGUGGUGCUACGAUCCUUAUCGAUUGUUUAUCUUCUGAGGUUUUCUUUGUAAUGCCAAUAAUUUUUGAGAGCUACUAUUCUACUUCAGAGGUGGUCUAGUUUCAACCUUAUAGGUCAUUCCUAACAGGUGAUCUUGUGUUACGAUUAAUGAAGACUCCAAUUUUGCUGGUUCAA